AUGAGUAUAUUCUCAAGAUUCUUUCGACGGGGAAGGUCAAGCAAGACGGCUUCUGCAACAAGUAAUAAAGCUGACUUUGACGAUCCACCACCACCGUAUUUGGAGAAGACAUCGAAGCACAAGUUACCAGAUUCAGAGGAGAAUUUGGUCUAUCGUUUGCAAUGCUUUAUCACCCGGUUGCUUCGUGUCAGGUACGACAUCCAAGGUGAAAUUUGGGACAUCGACAAGGACACCACAUGUUACGACCACUAUUUUGACUUAUGUAAGAAGUACUGUAUGCUCUUAGGCAUGCAACUCAGCACAAGACAAGAGGUUUUGGCCACAAAGCAAGAACUACUCAGAGUGAUUUUUGAGCCAGCAAGAGUGCUCGGUAUACCUGCAGAUGUCAUGGAAUGGUUCUUGUUCUUUGCACGCAAGAUGCCAAACAAGUUACCGCCCAAACAUGAAUUCGAGGUUGCAAGGAUAGCACCUUAUCCACUGGGCAUGCUGCUUUGUCUGGUUGUUGAUUACACUCUCAUGAUCGAUGCAGCUGUGGAACCUCAUUUUCCUGGUCUGGCUCCUAGGCUCAAAGAUAGAUGUCUAGUUCUGCAUCAACUUUACUUUCCUUGGAUGUUGGAUCUACGCUUGAUCAAACCAGAUCAGAUGGCUGGGACGCUGCAAAACUACAGACACCUUGGUUGCCCUGUCGAGUCUAGACACAAAGGCCCAAACAAGAUUCGCAAACACCACUCUUCGUCCUCAAUUUCUUACUUCCCUAUCGCUUACACACCUCAUGGCCAACUGUCAGUUUUCUGCUAUGCCAAGGUCGACGUCCAUGUGUUGCCCUCGCUUCCCCCUCGACAUGCCAAUCUCUCUACGUAUCUCACACCGACCUAA